GAGAAACAGAAGCGGAGGGAUCGACUUUCAGAUGACAUUGAGGCUAUGUAGAUGCGAGUUGGGAAUUGUGCUCCCCUCUGCGUUCCUGCUUGUUGAUGUUAGAGAGUAGCACAAGGCGAAGCUGCUCCUUCUCUGGUGGAUUCCGCCCCGCCUGCCUGUGGACAGCUCCUUCCUUCCAGCACUACCUACCUGCGGACAGCUCCUUGUGUAUUUCAGCACUACCUGCCUGUGGACAGCUCGUUUAUUUCAACACUGCCUGCCUCUGGACAGCUCCCUGCAGCGAGGCACCUGGACUCCGGCCCCCCCAGGACCGUUUUGGGGUUCGUUUCAAGUCUUUUAAUGGAAAUAAAACACAUUUAUGUUCCAAGUAACACUGGAAGUUUACAACUUGGAGAGGAAUCUACGGAUACCUCGUUGCACGACUCGCGGCCGCAAACAAAACCCCUUUGGAAGAGCUCUGGAAUUUGCUGUUAAGGGCAACUGACGAGCUGCCUGGCGCUGCUGUUCAAGCGGGGGUUAAAAGAAAACACGAGAGAAAAAAAAAACAUCGCGACCACAAGCUGCUAAUAAACCCAUAGUGAUGGCGACCAAUGGCACCAAAAGCACGGACGGCCAGGUAGUUACGGAGCUGAACGAGGUGACCACCAACGACAGACCCAAAGCAGAAGAGAGCAAAGAGGAGCAGCAGAAGAAGAAGAAACCUGUGCCGGACAGGGAGACAUGGGGGGGGAAGUUUGACUUCUUGCUGUCCUGUGUUGGCUACGCCAUUGGUCUGGGCAACGUGUGGAGGUUUCCUUACCUGUGCGGCAAGAACGGAGGAGGGGCCUUCUUGAUUCCUUACUUUCUGACCCUCAUAUUCGCCGGGGUCCCCUUGUUUCUGCUCGAAUGUGCCCUCGGUCAGUACACGUCCAUCGGCGGACUCGGAGUGUGGAAGCUAGCUCCGAUGUUCAAAGGUGUUGGACUUGCUGCAGCAGUUCUCUCCUUCUGGCUUAACAUUUACUACAUUGUGAUCAUUGCUUGGGCCUUGUACUAUCUGUACAACUCAUUUACAACUGACCUUCCAUGGAAAUCAUGCAACAAUCCAUGGAACACGGAAAGAUGUUUUACAAACUACAGCAUUGCAGACACCACCAACCUCACUAGUGCAGUGAUGGAGUUCUGGGAGCGCAACGUACAUGACAUCACUGAUGGUUUGGAGAAACCUGGCCAGAUCCGGGCUCCAUUAGCAAUAACUCUUGCCAUUGCUUGGGUCCUUGUGUACUUCUGCAUCUGGAAAGGUGUUAGCUGGACUGGAAAGGUUGUUUACUUCUCUGCCACCUACCCCUACUUCAUGUUAUUCAUUCUGUUCAUCCGUGGGGUUACUCUGCCUGGGGCGACAGAUGGAAUCAUGUUCUAUAUCACACCUGAUUUUGAGAAGCUCAAAGAGUCAGAGGUGUGGCUGGAUGCUGCUACUCAGAUUUUUUUCUCAUAUGGUUUGGGUCUGGGGUCUCUGAUUGCACUUGGCAGCUACAACCCUUUCAAUAACAAUGUUUACAGAGACUCCAUCAUUGUGUGCUGUAUAAACUCCACGACCAGUAUGUUUGCUGGUUUUGUCAUUUUUUCUAUUGUGGGCUUCAUGGCUAAUGUGACAAAGAGACCCAUAGCUGAUGUAGCUGCGUCAGGACCCGGCCUGGCCUUCUUAGCUUACCCAGAAGCAGUGACGCAGUUACCCAUCUCACCACUGUGGGCUAUCCUCUUCUUCUCUAUGCUGCUGAUGCUGGGAAUUGACAGCCAGUUUUGCACUGUGGAGGGCUUCAUCACUGCUCUGGUGGAUGAGUUCCCGAGGGUUCUGAGGAAAAGACGGGAGAUCUUCAUUGCAUGUGUGUGCAUUGUGUCCUACAUUAUUGGCCUGUCCAAUAUCACACAGGGUGGCCUCUACGUCUUUAAACUCUUCGAUUACUACUCUGCCAGUGGAAUGUGUCUUCUUUUCCUGGUUUUCUUUGAGUGCAUCUCUAUCUCCUGGUUCUAUGGUGUGAAUAAGUUCUAUGAUAACAUCCAGGAGAUGAUUGGAUACAAGCCCUGCAUAUGGUGGAAACUCUGCUGGGUCUUCUUCACUCCUUUGAUUGUGGCUGGAGUGUUCCUCUUCAGCGCGGUCCAAAUGGUUCCCCUCACCAUGAACAACUAUGUGUUUCCAGCAUGGGGACAGGGUGUGGGCUGGCUCAUGGCCUUGUCCUCUAUGAUCCUCAUUCCAGGCUACAUGGUCUACAUGUUCCUUACCAUGAAGGGAACGUAUAAGGAGCGGAUCAGGAUAAUGCUGCAGCCUCCGAAUGUGGUGAAGGCCCAGGAGAAUGGACCUGAACAACAGCAGCAGCAGCAGCAACCUGCGCAACCUGCGCAACCUGCGCAACCUGCGCAACCAGCACAACCGGCACAACCAGCGCAGCAGCAGCAGGUACAGCAGCAACCGCAGCAACCGCAGCAAGCUCAACAACCCCAACAGCAGCAACCGCAGCAACCACAGCAACCACAACCACAGCAGCAGCAGGUUGAUAACGCCGUCCCGGCCAACCCCGGCAAUGCAGACGCCAACGUCUAAACCCUAGCUGAGAGCAAUCAAAGAUGAACAAUACAGAGGACUUCCAUGUUUAUACAAUAAUAGAAUCAUCUACCUCCAGGGGCCAAACAUGAUCUAAUUCAAUCUUCAAAAAUAUAUAUGUGUGACAGUUUGACUUUCGCAUUUAUAAAACCUACCACACUCGUGGGUAGAUGUUCUAAAUGUAAAAGCAAAGCGUGUUGGUGUCAAAAGAGAAAAAAAAAUCCAAAAAAGAAAAAAAAUCCAUUAUACUGUAUGCGAGUGAAUCUGUCUCUAAUGUGUUAAUACUGUGAGUUCAAUUAAAAGCACAGCGCAGUGAUGCAUAAGCUAUAUCAGUGAGGUAUAAAAGAGUUUGUGUUGCUCAGAAGCACACAGAAGGCGUAAAAUAUCAAAGAGAAAAUGCAAGAGAUUACAUAUAUAUCGGGUCAUUGGUUGCUAAUCCAAAACAAACAUCUGGCAAGCAAACCCCAUGCCGCUACUUUGAAAGUGGGGUGUUAUUACUUUCAAGUUUAAAGCACAAAGAAAUCUGAAUUAGGAGAGCCCUUGGGUGACCCACUAUCUGUUGUUUCGAUAUUUUUGUUAGAGAGACUGUUACUAUUUUAUUUUCUUUGCUGGAAGAAAAAAAAAGAGAAAACUACUUGUACGUGAUCGAAAAUCAUUUUUAGAAUUCUUUUUAGGAUGUUUUGUACACUUAAUGUUGUGAUCGAGGACCAAAAUUAUAGACUAAAGCAAAAACGUAUCUAUGCCAUGCAGUGUAUAGGUUACAGAGGACAGGGUACAACAGUAUGGAACUUGAAAAGAAAAAAAAAAGGAAAAACAAAA